CACAUGCAGGUCAUGUGACUAGGAUGCAGCUGCGCACUGGCUACUCAGAACAAGUAUUAAGAACAGAACAGUGAAGGAGCGGCAGCAGAUGCAGCAGACAUGUCGACAACGUCGCUGGGGAACUUUGUGCAGUGCCCGGUGUGCAGGACAAGCCACGUCCCCACCAACGGAGCACUGAAGGAUGGCGUCUAUGCUUCUACUUGUGAAAACUGUGGCCACUUCUUCAAGUUCAAGGCCACAGGUCCUCUCAAGUCCUCUGUUACCUUCACCAUCAAUGGGAUUUCCUACACAGUUGGCAACCAGUAUGCCGCAGCUCUGUCCCUGAAUGAGUUCAUGAGGUCCCAGGGUGUGUCCUAUGGCACCAAGGUGAUGUGUAUGGAGGGAGGGUGUGGCGUGUGUCUCGUCACUACCACACUGUAUGAUCCCAUCACAAAGGCCGUGCAGACCUACACAGUCAACUCGUGCCUGAUGCCUCUCUACACCUGUGACGGUAUGCAAGUGACAACCAUCGAGGGUUUGGGCAACCCCUGGGAUGGCCUACACCCGUUACAAGACCGUCUGGCACAGUACAAUGGCGCUCAGUGUGGCUUCUGUAGCCCCGGCCAUGUCAUGAAUAUGUAUGGAAUGCUUAAGAGAACACCAAACCCAACCAUGCAGCAAGUAGAAAAUGCCUUUGAUGCAACCAUCUGCCGAUGUACAGGGUAUCGCUCGAUUCUGGAUGCCAUGAAGUCCUUUGCCUCAGACGCCCCACCAAGCCUACCUGGCGGUACUAUUGACAUUGAGGAACUGGACAAGAAGAUAUGCAGCAAAACCGGGAAGACCUGCACUGGACGCUGUUCCUCUGAGGGACAGACCGACCCGGAGCACGUCCCCCUCCACAUUGUGCUGCAGGGGUCACAGUGGUACAAACCCACCACCAGACAGCAGCUGUACGCCCUCCUCGGCCAACACAAGGGAGACAAGUACAGACUCGUGUUCGGAAAUUCAGGAUCCGGUGUGUAUAAAGAAAUUGGCCCAUGGAUGUAUGAUGUCCUCAUUGACCUGCGUGGAAUUCAAGAAUUUUACAGCAUUUCUGAGGACUCCUCCAAAGUGAUGUUUGGUCCUUGCAUCUCUCUGACCAACAUGAUGGAGGUGUUUGAGAAAAACAGCACCAACCCUGGUUUGUCCUACUUCCGAGAUUUCGCCAGCCACGUGGCCAACAUUGCUAACACUGGAGUCAGGAAUUUGGGCAGCUGGGCCGGUAACCUGAUGCUGAAGAACCUGCACACUGAGUUCCCGUCUGAUGUCUUCACCAUGUUCGAGACAGUCGGAGCAACUCUGUUCAUCGGAUCAAGUGAUGGCACAGAGAAGUCAUACAGUCUUAUUGACUUCCUGAACCUCGACAUGAAGGGCAAGGUCAUCCUGUCUGUGACACUUCCAACAUUCCCAUCAGGAGACGUGUAUGUCAAGACCUUCAGGGUUACCCCCAGACACCAGAAUGGCCACGCCUAUGUGACAGCAGGCUUCAGGUUGCAGCUGAACAGGAACAACAACUUCACUCUCAAGACAAAACCAUCCCUGGUGUAUGGAGGCAUCAACAAGACACUGGUUCAUGCAAGCAAUACGGAGGCGUUUCUGCAGGGCAAACAUCUGGGAGAUCCUUCAGUUCUUAAAGCUGCAAUAGCCAGUCUGUCCGCCGAGCUGAUCCCAGACACUACAGCCGGUUUAUCGAGUCCAGCCUACAGAAAGAACUUGGCCAUCUGCCUGUUCUACAAGUGUGUGCUCGGCAUGUGUGGUGAGAAAGCAGGAUCAAGAUUCCAGAGUGGAGGCACCAACUUGAUGCGGCCCGUGUCAUCCGGCACUCAGACAUAUGACAGUCGUAAAGAUGAAUACCCCUUGACUCAACCUAUGACAAAAGCGGAUGCAACCUUAAUGACUUCAGGUCGGGUCCAGUACGUUGCGGACAUACCUCCUGCUCCAAAUGAAGUGGCUGCAUCAUUCGUCAUCAGCAGUGUUGGCAACGCCGAGAUCGACACUGUCGACACCUCUGCAGCCCUGUCCUACCCGGGAGUGCUUAAGUAUAUAUCUGCAGAUGAUAUAGGGACAAACCGGAACAAUUUCAGGGAACCAUCUGCCGGUGGUGUUGAAGAGCUGUUCUGCAGUGGACAGGUUCUGUACAGUGGACAGCCAAUUGGUCUCAUCGUGGCAGUGGACAAACCAUCAGCAGACACAGCAGCCAGCAUGGUGAAAGUUACCUACAAGAACGUCCAGCCUCCCAUCAUUACAAUGGAAGAGGCCAUUCAGAAGAAUUCCAUAUUUCCAAAUGUUGCCAAAGAAUUAAAAGUUGGUGAUGCUGCAGCUGCAAUAGCGGGAUCUGAUAAACAGAUAACUGGCACCAUCAAGAUGAAACAGCAGUACCAUUUCCACCUGGAAACACAGUUCUGCCUGGGCUACCCAGCAGAGGAUGGGGUAGGUGUACAUCUCCACUCCGCGACACAGUGGUCAGAUGGUGUUCAACAGGCCGUAGCUAGAUUACUUAACAUCAAGGAUAGCAGUGUAAGCGUGGAGGUCAAGCGUCUUGGAGGAUCUUUUGGAGGAAGGAUAACACGAGCGAACAUGACGGCGUGUGCCGCUGCUCUCGCCACUCAGAUCAUGAAAAGACCAGUCCGCCUGGCGAUGAACUUCCACACCAACAUGAAGACAGUUGGGAAACGUAUUCCCUAUCUGGCGAAUUACACAAUUGGGAUCAACAAUGAUGGGAAACUUCAAGGGAUCCAACUUACAGCCCAUGCUGACUGUGGAAUAUCACCCAAUGACAACCGCUUUGCUUUAUUUCCUCGAUAUAUGGACAAUGCAUACUACUGUCCAGCAUGGGAUUUCAAACCUGUAGCUCUAAAGACAAAUCUCCCAACCAACACUCCUUGCCGGUCGCCAGCAUGCGUUCCAUCAAUGUUCAUCAUGGAAACGAUGAUGGAUCACGCCGCCAAAGUCUUGAACAUGGAUCCGCUUACAUUCAGGAAGCUGAACCUGUUCAACAAAGGCCAGACCGCUGUCAGUGGAUUGGUUCUUAAGUACUGCAACAUCAAGGAAAUUGUCACUCAGCUGGAGACGUCAGCCGAUGUCAAGGCUAGAAAACAACUGGUUGCAGCAUUCAACCAGGCCAACAGAUGGAAGAAGAAGGGCAUUGAGGUGAUGCCUCUCCGCUGGAACCUGAACUACACACACGUCGACUACAACGUCUACCUGACUGUCUACCAUGGAGAUGGGUCCGUGGCCCUCUCUCUCGGUGGAGUUGAUGUCGGACAGGGAUUGAACAUAAAGAUGAUGCAAAUUUGUGCCUUUGAGCUGGGUAUCCCUAUUGACACGAUCAAGAUUAAACCAACGACCACCCUGGCCAACUCUAACUCGUUCACUACUGGAGGUAGCCACACGACUGAAGUGAAUGCUUUGGGAGUCGUGCAGUGUUGUCAGCAGUUGAAGACCCGGAUAGCUCCGGUCAAAGCCAAGAUGGUCAACCCUACCUGGCAACAGCUUGUUGCUCAGUGCUACAAACAAGGGGUGGAUCUGUCAGCCAGAAGCUCAACAAAUCCAACAGGAGACUUCUGUAACUACAACACCUGCGGUGCAGUAUGCACAGAGGUUGAGGUAGACAUCCUGACCGGGGAGAACCAGAUCACCAGAGUGGACAUCCUGUAUGACUGUGGAGAUAGUAUGAACCCGGACAUUGACAUUGGCCAAGCUGAGGGUGGGUUUGUGAUGGGUCUGGGCUACUGGAUGACCGAACAGAUGAUCUUUGACCCCACGACUGGCACAGCCCUGACUGAUGGCACAUGGGAAUACAAGCCUCCAAUGGGAAAGGACAUUCCUAUCGAUUUCCGUAUUCAGUUCCUGAAGAAUGCACCCAACCCACUCGGAGUCCUGGGAUCGAAAACUGUGGGUGAGCCGCCCGUGUGCAUGGCUUCAUCAGCGUUGUUUGCAGUGAAACACGCCAUCGAGGCUGCCAGAAAGGAUAUGUCACAGGACACUUUCUUCCCUCUCGAUGGCCCUGCAACAGUGGAGAUGAUUCAGACAGCCUGUCAACUUGACAACUCCCAGUUGGUAUAUGGGACCUAGGUCAACCAGACUCAGCCCAACAGGGCAUAGAUCAGCGUUGGAGCUUAAAGAAACAAACAGGGUUGAAAUAUCGCUUGAAGUAAUCAACUCGUAUUGGCUAUUGAUUUUCCUUCAGUGAUCACACUAUGUAAAUGUGUUUACGUAUGACAAUGGACUGGUUCUUUGAUAUUGAUCAAACCAAAUCAAACUGCUGUUACAGUAAAGCAUUGCUAACCAAAACCUCGUGAUAGUAGAAUUUCUGUCCUCACUCUUACAACACACAGGUAUGUAAGGAAGACUUGAAAAAGGGUUUAGCACAUCUCACUGAUACCCAUGUGUAACCUUCACAGAGUAUAAUAACUAAUAACAUGUAUUAAUCAGGUCAAUGUUAAUGUUAUUCAACGAUGUGUUGUAUGUUAUAGAAAAUCGACACAAAAAAACACUAGCCUCAACCCAUGCUUCGUUAAUCCGGACAUCUGUUAAUCAGGACAAUAUCACCGGGAACGACACUGUUCUGAUAUUUACUGUGCAUAUAUUUUGCUAUAUGGUUCUUUCUAUGUAAAUUAGUAUUUUAAUGUAUUACAUGAGGAAGAGAAUUUAUGGAUGUCACCUUCUUUAUUAUGAGGAAAUACAACGUUUUGGAGUAUAUGCUCACUCCCCCAUCAGGUGAAAGAAUACCUGUAA